AUACUGAUGGGUAACAAGUGCUGAAGUGAGCAUCAGUCUCCAAACUUCUCCAUCAGGACCGGACUGAGGUCGGACUGUGACACCGACAGUUUUAUGGGCUCUCUUUUUAUUCCAGGAGUUUAAUAUUUGCUGCAUCACAUGUCUGUGAAACAGAUCGCUAACACGGACCUGUUACUUCUAGUUCAACGGUUAAAAUGAGUCCGGUUUGGUUUCUGUUGCUUCUCUUUGUGCGGACCGCGGAGCUCCGUCACGUCCACAGAGCCCACACAGCCCACAGAGACCCGGAGGGUCAGUCAGGGUCCGCGCUGGAGCUGGAGCUGGAGGCGCAGCGGGCGGAGGAUGCUGGACCGCAGGCAGCGGGGACUCAGGAGUCUCUCUCCCCGGACAGGACUACUCUAGACCGGGGUGAAAGUUCUAGAGUUCCCGAACUGAAGCGAUUCGCGCGAGGAGCCAAGGAUGGGAAUUUCAAAAAAAGAGACCCGCACUCACAGAGCAGCUACGGGCCUCCGAGACGCUACGACGACCCGAGCGGGUACUUCACCACACCGCGGUUACCCGAGUCCGCCCGGCAGGGUAACCUCUCCUCCAACCGUGGGUUGGGGCUCCUCAACCCGCUGUUCCCGGUCACCGAUGGCUCUUACUGGGCGUACGCAGUCAUUCUGCUCGCGCUGGUAUUGUUCGCCGCGGGUAUCGUGGGGAACCUCGCGCUCAUGUGCAUCGUGUGGCACAACUUCUACCUGAAGAGCGCGUGGAACUGUAUCCUGGCGGGUCUGGCGUUCUGGGAUUUCCUCGUGCUGUUCUUCUGUCUUCCGGUGGUCGUCUUCCACGAGCUCACCUUGAAGAGGUUGCUAGGAGACCUGUCCUGCCGGCUCGUGCCCUAUCUGGAGGUGACCUCUCUGGGUGUGGCCACAUUCAGCCUCUGUGCUCUAAGUAUCGAUCGCUUCCAUGCAGCCACCGGCCCCGGGCCCCUUCAGACGCCAAAGGUGGAGCCCUGCCAGUCCAUCCUAUCCAAACUGUCCGUCAUCUGGGUGGGCUCCAUGGUGCUGGCUGCCCCUGAGCUGCUGCUGUGGCAGCUCCUCCAGGAGACUGUCAGCCUGCCUGUGCUCCCCAGUGACCAGCAGCAGAGUCAGCCAGGAGGCUCGCUGAUAGCUGCCUUCAGGGCCCGACCAGAUGCGUUCAAGGUGGAUAUCUGUGUCCGUGAGCCGUCUGUGGAGCUCCCAGAGAGCAUCUACUCUCUGGUGCUGACCUACCAUGAGGCCCGCAUGUGGUGGGUCUUUGGGUGCUACCUCUGUUUGCCACUGCUCUUCACUCUGGCCUGCGACUUGGUGACGAGGCAAGUGUUAGCCCAGCGUCUACCGCAGAAACCCGCUGGUGAGAAGGUGACUGGCAGAUGCUCCUCCUCCUCGUCUGCGUCUUCAUCCUCGACAAAGAAAAAGCAGCAUACGAGAGAGCAGAGACUGCGCUCCACCGUGAUGUCACUCACAGUCUUGUACAUCCUGUGCAACCUGCCAGAGAGCAUUUGUAACAUCACCCUGGCGUAUGUGUCCGACCACGUGUCCGCUGCACUCCCUGCUCUGGCUCUGCCAGCUCUGAGUCUGAUUGGACAGUUCCUGCUGUUUGUGCGUUGCUCGGCGACGCCGGUGUUGUUGCUGUGCCUGUGUCGCUCGCUGGGCCAGGCCUUCAUGGAUUGCUGCUGCUGCUGCUGUGAAGAGUGCCUCCCAGACGGCAACUCCUCUUCCUCCUCAUCUGCCUCAACCACCGCCACCUCCAACUUCUCCUCGCCCACAUCGCCAUCUCCGACCUCCCUGUCUCCGUCCAGUAAAGAUGAGAUGAUGAAGAGUCUGUUGGUGCCAGAAUCAGCAGUCUGCUACGACCGAGCAAAAGACUCUUCAGCAGCUAUCGGGACGCCCUGCUGAGGUCCAGAACUAUAUUUAACCACAUGUAACUUUAAAGGAUCAUUUAGGUUUAUUACAACUCAGGUCUUAUUCUUGUGGUUUUGUCCAUUUUGUCUAUACUCAUUAAGUUAAUAGCAGAGAUCUGGUGAUUUCACUAAGAAGAAGUCUGACAGAUCAAGAAACACGAGCAGUCAGAUGAUCAAACAGGUUGGAGACAAAAGUAUGUGGACACCUCUGUUGGAAUUUUUUUUUCCUGGUUUAGUUUUGGUCUCUUAGUUUCUAUGAAAGUUGAUAUUUUAGUACGUUCAACUUUGUGCCAACAGUAUGUGUUUGUCCCUUUACCUGUUUACCACUUUCCCAGUUUGGUGUGGAAGAACUUGACUGGCCUGCACAAAGCACUGACCUCAACCCCGUCCAGAAACUUUGGGAUGAACUUAAUUACCAGCUGUGAACCAGACCUGACCACCCGACAACAUCACUGUCGGACCUCAGUCAUGCUCUUGUGGCUAAAUGGGAGUGAAUCCCUGCAGCAGGUUCAUCUGGUGGAAAGACUUAAACCUGCAGAUUAAUGCUCAUGGUUUUGGGAUGAAAUGUGAUGUUCAACUUACUGUUUGUGUGCUUGUUGGGUUGUUGACGCACUCUCAAUCAUGUGGUCUAUCUAAACCACUUUAUUAGUAAUACAGUAAGUAGGGUGAGGUCAAAGUUAAAGCAGGUAGUGGGUCUGUUAACUGAGAUGAACGCUGACCAAGGGGUUAACAGAAAAGAAAAGUCAAUGCAGAAGUGCCUUAAACCUGCAUUGUACAGAAGUCAAUGAGAAAAUGAUCCAGUUCUUACUUGAUUUAUUACCUCGAUAAACAUUUCCUGGAUGAGUUUAUGGUCUCAGUCGCUAGUUUUACACCUUCAUUACAGCAUGAUGUUCAGUUUGUAAAUUAUGUUCCCUUUUAGAGUAAAGUAGACAAUAAAGCAGGGUAUGCUUUAGGGUGGGGCUACCUUGUGAAUGACAAGUCACUACCACGGAGGUGUCCUUGGGUUCUCAGUCAUACCUAUUCCUCCCUUUUCCAAAGUUUCACCCCCUCAUUCUAAUAUGGUCACUGCUGGCUCCAAAACACAAAAUGGCGACGGCCAAAAUGCCAAUCUCGAGGCUUCAAAACGGGAGUCCACAAACCAAUGGAUGACGUCACAGUGGCUACGUCCACUUGUUUUGUACAGUCUGUGAUGCUGACAUUGUUGACUUUUACCUCCACAUGACUUUUACUUACAGAUUUGUUCAACCUGUCUAAAUGUCUGACUGCUCGAGCUUUCUUGAACUGUCAUUCUUUGUUUUAGUGAAAGCACCGUUUUCCCAGACCUCAGAUAUGAAUAUAUUAAUACUGAUAGAAAUGAUGGACAAAACCACCAAAAUAACACCAAAGUUGUAAUAAAUCAGAACAAUCCUUACAUUUCAGUGUGUAUGAACUGGUGGUGUGUAGAGCCCCUGUAGGAGCAGGAACUUAUCUGACUAGCGUUAGAUAAUUAUGUACAAUAUAGAGUUUGUUUAUUUGUUUGUUUGCUUGUAUUUUUUUAAAGAAAUUUAGUGUGAUGGAUUUAAUCCUGUAUUCAUAGCUCUUAUUAUUGUUUUGCAGUUUUUUGUGAUACAUUCUAUAGUGGUUAUUAAUCUCUAAUGCUCGAUCAGGAUAUUAGUAUUAUCUGCUCUAAGUACUGUAUGAGAUAGAAACACUGGAUCAUUUGACUUUGGGGGAUUUUUUUAAGUCGGCUAAAUUGAAGCUAGACAUUCUGAGACUUCUUUGUCAGCAGACUGACAGACUGCUGUGAACUUUUAAACUGUUUUUUAAGGUAUACUAUGCAGGGAUCCCUCUCAGUUAUCACUUAUGGCCCACUAGAAGGGUGUGGCAGUGUAUAUAUCUGCAGACUCUGUCCUCUGCCUGUAUUUUCUUAUUUUUUGUAAAGGACUUUGUAAAAAGGUAGCAGCCAGGUACUAGAUGGAGUAGGCAUCCAAGAAGAAGCUAUGACAAAUGGCAAAAUGCUAAGCGGACAAAUCUGGGGUUGACUUUCACCAUCAAACAGUAGCCUACAAUUCCUGCAUAGUAUACCUUUAACGUGACAUUUUGCUGUUAAAAUGGGAUGAGAUCAUACUACAGAUCAAUCAAUAUUUUGAAGCUACAAGAAACAAUUCAGUGUGACGUUUGACUUGUUUUGUUACUUUUGGUUCAGUAAAGUUUAGAUCUUCUGAAAAACUGUGUUACAUGACCUGUGAUUAAUCCUUUUUCUGUGUGUGUUUUCAAAUGUCUGGUGUAAACCUUAUCAACUAAUACAAAAGUAGUGUUUACAGUGAUUUUUAUUCUACCAAUAACUGGAAUGGAAGUGGGUGUAAUGGAGUUGAACUUCCAUUAAGUGCAUUAGACUCUGAAAGUGCUCUUUUAAAUUCUCUUUUAAAUAUGAAUUUUAAGUAUAUACGUUUUUAUAGAUGGUUUUCUUUCCUUUUUUUUAAAAAAAAAAAUCAAAACUAGUGUGUUUUUCAGCAGCAGAAUCACAUCUUAAAAGACAAGUCUUGUGAUAUUCUAUAUGUUUAUUUUUGUCCACAAAUUCAAUCGAAAGACCAACAAUGAAUGUAUCAACUAACAAGUAUUGUGUGUGUUUCCGAAAUCUGGUAUUUUAUCUCCCUCUGGGCCAGAGAGCUCCCUUGUUUUCCAAAAACUAUUAAAAACACAUUGAUGACAUUGA